AUGCCAGCACCUACCCAACCGGCUCCUAGCUACAGCAAAUGUUAUGCUCUCAAGGAGAUCAUCUAUGGUUUCUGGGCAACUAAAGUUACAUACACGCCAGACAAGUACCCAGACCUCACUGGCAAGACAGCGGUGGUCACUGGCUGCAACACCGGUGUUGGUAAAGAAGCUGCGAAGCUGCUAUACCAGAAGAAUUGCAAUGUCAUCGGUGUCUGUAGGACGGAGUCCAAGGGUCUUGAAGCUGCAGAGUCAAUCAAGCAGGAGAUCGGAAACAGCAAAGGUUCCAUCAGCGUUGUCAGUGGCUGCGACUUCCUGGAUUUCACCACGGUCCCACAAGCUGGCAAGAGAAUCCAAGAGAUACUUGCGGGCAAGCCAUUGAACAUUAUUAUCCACAACGCUGGGUUGAUGAGUUCCAGCAACGCCGGGACCUCCAAGCAGGGACUCGAGGCUAUGUUUCAAACCAAUGUCAUGGGCCCACAGCUGCUACAACACUACUUGGACCCAGUGUUUUUGAAAGAAGACGACACCUCUUUGAAGAGGAUAGUGUGGGUCAGCAGCGGUGCACACUUGCUGGGCCCAAGCCAGUAUGGUAUCUUCUGGGAGAACCCGGGAUUCGACGGCGUUGCCAUUGAGAAGCGCCCAGCAGCAACUACCCUGUACGGUGCCACCAAGGCCGCAAACAUCUUGCAGGCCAAGGCGUGGGCCACAAGAAACAAGGAGAUGGUAGACAAGAUCGGCUGCGUCUCCGUCUCGUGCUACCCGGGCAACCUCAGAACCGACCUGCAGAGAGACUGGCACCCAUGGACACGCGCCACUGUCGGCCGCUUGUUCUACCCAGCUGAGUACGGUGCCUACACAGAACUAUACAGCGUGCUCUCCCCAUCGCUAACCACAAGCGACCAAGGCAAGUACAUCUGCCCGUUCGACCAGGUACACGAACCAAGAGAGGACGUCAAGGAAGGCCUGCAAAACGGAACAGACCUGGCUCUCUGGGACUGGAUCGAAUCCGAGAUCAAAGAAUACAUUAGUUAA